AUGAGGCACUGGCCACUUAUAGCUAAUGAAUUAAGAAUGGGAGAAGUUUCGGAAGUGGUCGAUCUAGUCAAUUCUACGGGGUUGCUUUCUGUGGUCAACAAUUUGGGCCACCUUACUUACGAUAGACCUCUUUGUUCCGCCUUUGCCGAGAGAUACUACGGGGAAACGGAUACUUUACAUCUUCCGUUUGGAGAAAUGACGAUAACUCCAAAUGAUGCGAAGUUCAUUACCGGGCUAAGCAUAGAAGGUAAAUACGCGCAAGAGCUUGAUUGGGACAAGAUUCAUGCGUGGACCAAGGAAGUGUUCCAAUGGGAUGAGGAGAAGACCAAGAAGGAGAUGCUAGUAGGAAAGGCAAAGCAGAGGAUAUUCCAUCUCUCAAGGUUGAGGAGCAACUUUAUGGUAACAAAGAAGCUUCGUCAUGAGGGAAAAGCGGUGACGCUGCAACGUAUCAUCGCCACGGCCAAUGCGUAUGUCCUCUAUAUCCUUGGAGCUGUUAUCUUCCCUGACAUUUCCGGUGCCCGUGUUAAUGCCAACUUUAUCCAGCUGUUGCAACCAUUUGACAAGAUACAGGACUACUCUUGGGGCACUUCCAUCCUUGCACACUCUUUGACGCAGUUGAGAAAGGCUUUUAGGGCUCAAAGGAACCAACUCGAAGGGAAUAUGGCUUUUCUGCAGGCGUGGAUAUAUUUGCACUUCCUAAUAUUUGCUAAAAGGGCUUUUGAAAACAAGGAUUGGGACGGACAACAGUAUGGAAACAAGUACACCUACAGAAGUAAGCCGAAGAAACAAAGAAUGGAUUAUUUGAAUUUGAGACGCCAGUUAGACAACUUGACGACGAAGGAUGUUGUCUUUGAUCCUUACAAGGAGGCUUUGUCUAAAGCAAAAGAAAAGAAGUUUGGGUGCCCAGAGCAAGCAUUGCAGCCCUUUGUAUCUCUUAAAGCUGCCAUGACAUCUGCUCCAGUUUUGGCCUUACCUGACUUCUCUCAGCCAUUUGUUCUUGAGACUGAUGCUUAA